GGCAACUAUCAGCCGAUAUUUCCUCGACAGAAACACUCUAUUGUUUAAAUAGGAAGACAGAGCUGAAAAUUAGAAAUAUAAACUAAAAAAUUAUUCAUGCAGAAUAAAAUAAAAAUCGACAAGACAGAUUCUGCGUUAUUUUUCAAAUAGGAAAAAAAUCACCAUGACGAAAUGAAUAAAUGUUAAUCAGAGCCAAUUUUAAUUUCAAAAAUUUAUAGUCAGGGCCAUUCGUUUAUUUGGGUUAUUUGUGACGUUUGUAUGUCGCAUAUAUAUCACAAAGAGGAAAUAUAUUUACCACAAAAAAUACAUUAGAUCGUGGUAAAUUUCACUUAAAAGUUAAAAGUCGGGCUCUUUCACCCACUCAAAGCUGUAGUAAGCCAUUUUUAAGUCUAUUUUUUUUUUCAUCGCUCUUGGUACUUCAUCACAGUGUCUCGAUGGAAAGCAAAUAAACCAAGCAAGCAAGUUGAAAGAACCUGCAUUAACCAGAAAUGGUCAUUUUUUUCUUUUUAUCAUUCGUCAUCAGGGCUUAACUGUGUUUUAACAAUGUAAAUAAAACAAGUUUUAAUAAGCCUUAAUUUUUAUGUCAUUUUAUUUUAUUUUUCACAGAUUCAUCGUUUCUCGUCAUAUAUUUUUUCGCAUUUCCCAGUGUUAAGAGACAAACGUCUUUAAUGAUCAUAUUUUGGUUUGUUUUCUUGUAAUCCCUUUUGUUAAAAAAAAAAAAAAAAAAAAAAAGAAAUUAAUAAACACACUUAUAUGAAAUACACGUUCAAAAGAUUUAGUCACACUGAUAUAAUUGUCUGACGGCUUUCUGCACUCCUUAAUUUUGUCUGAUGGACGGCCGCCUGUCAAGUUGUCAAACCUUAUAUUAUUUUUUUGACUGGAGUUACUGGCUUCUAUCCCAUUUUGUUAAACUCACAUCGCCUAAAUAGAACGAAACACGCAAUUUUUUUCGUGGGAAAACGAGUUAGAUACUUAAUUGGGCAAGAGAGGCGAGUCGAGACUGCACUGUUCGAUUGCAAUCUACGUGCAGCAAGCGUUGUAAAUGAAGGAAUUAUGAGAAAAAAGAAAACACUGACUGACAUCAGCAUAUGCUGUAACAUCGAUUAUAUCAUCAGAAAACUUCAUAUAAUGAGAGUUAACCUUCACGAAACAGAGUUUCUUUUCUUCACUUUGUACUUGUGUAGAUGUUCUGAGCUUAACCUAUUAUGUCUAGUGCGGGAAAGAUUUGUGGCCGUUUUUGAUUGUAUUGUAGAUGCCAGAUUUGGCCAUAAACCAAUGCAGUCGAGACAUGAGGGGAAAAAAUCGCAAUUAAAAAGAAAAAUGAUUGGUAAAAACUAACUAAACCAUGAGCACAUGUAUAAUCUAGACGUAUGGCCGAUAAAUGGCAUAUUUUUGUCAUUCGUUCUGAAAACAAAUAUCAAUUUCAGGGGGAGCAAUUUAUGUCGAGAGCGGCGUCUGAAACCUCAUGAACUUCGACACAAUUCAUUUGGAGUUUACAGUUUUUAUAGGGCCCAUAUAGGUUGGAUGUUAGUCUUGGCCAGCAUUGAAUACUACACUAAUAAGAGAGCUUGAAAGUGAGCUGCAGGAUUCAAUAAAAUACUGGCAACGUGACUUUUCUUAGAGCAAACAUAAUUAAGUCUCGUUGGUUGGCAUGAAUACGCGUACAAAAUUAGCGUCCGUAAAUACAAGAAGGAACAUGUAUAGACAGGUGUCUCGUGCUGAGAGAAAACGAAGCUGCCCAUGGUUUCAACUUUCCGCGAAGAUGUCAGCUUUUCAAACGUUAUCUCUUUUAUGUUUUAUUAAUUAAUACUGUUUAUGCUAGCUAGUAUGAAGGACAGUCGAAAUCCAUAUACACUGUAGAUAACGUGCGUGUAUAACGGCAAUAGCUACACAACGUGACACGGCAUUCACAAGUUAAUUCUACGCCGGACCGGACACCUGUAAAUAGGAAGUUUCCACUGAAGUAACACAAGCUCCAUAAAGGAAGUGCUGUGACAAGGUUAUACACGAUAAGAUAGACUACAGCCGCGCGCUUUGUGGGUUUGUUGUAUUUUAUUUUAUUUUAUUUUAUUUUUUUUGCUACCAGCGAGAAACAAAAAGCCGGGGUCAGACGGUUUGUACCAUGGAUCAUUCAAAUGCUACCGUGCUCAAUGAAUUCAUCUGUAAACCAUACAGUGGUGAUACGGUGAUAAUCGAAGGAGUCAAGAUAUCAUUUUACAUUUUCCUAAUGUUGUUUUCCAUUUUGGGAAACUCUUCGCUGAUUGUCAUUGUCACUAAGAACCAGCGAAUGCAAACUAUCACCAACUACCUAAUCGUCAACAUGGCGGUCGCAGAUAUUCUGAUAACACUCCUGGCUGUACCGCGACAGAUAACAGAGAUACUUGUCGCUCCGCGGCGAUGGCUUGUUGGCGGAUUCUUAGGGCUGGCUCUAUGCAAAGUCCUCUCCUUUUUGCAGGACGUUUCAACGGCUGUGUCAAUUCUUAGUCUCCUGGCCAUUGCCGUUGACAGGCACAGGGGUAUAGUAUUCCCUUUACGAAAACAGAUUGCGAAGACUAAACUCUUUAAAUGCAUCAUCCCAUCUAUAUGGAUCGUAUCCAUUGUCCUGCACAGUUUUUAUUUUUACACGUUUAGAAUUAAACUAGAGGAUGACAAGAAAAUGUACUGCUCACCAAGCUGGGCUCCCAAGUUCGAUGAACGAAGGUCAGCCGAAACUCAAUACGUGGUCUUACUUGCAGUCUUCAUUGUUGUUCCAAUGUGUGUCGUCACCGUUCUUUAUGCUCUUAUUAUCGUGAAUCUCAAGCGAGGAAUGGCACGAUGCAAAGCUUUGCCAAGGUCCAUCACAGCGCGAAGGUUGAAAGAAGAUGCCAAGGUUGUGAAAAACGUGAUAGCUAUACUUAUCGUGUUUAUAGCCUGCAUAGCGCCCAUAAAUGUGUAUGCCAUUUUGUUCUUUUUUACUUGGAAAAGGAAAAUACCUUGCAACGCUGAAACCUUCGGUUUUACAGCUCAUUUUAUAUUUUACUCCAACGCUUCUCUGAAUCCGUGCAUUUAUUUUAUUUUCAAUGAUAAGUUUCGCCGAGGGCUAUCACAUAUCUUAGGGGCACUUGCCCCUUGGAAGGGCAAGAAGAAAAAUACAACGCAAUCUGUAAAACUCGUUAGGUUUAAGACUUUCUCUAUCUGAUGAACUUCCAUUAUGCAUUUUAAGCAAAAAACGUGAGAAAAAGAGCAAAUGCAGUGUUUAUAAUGUCAUGUAAGUUAUUCUACCAAGGCACCUCUUCGUCGCGGAAGUUAUGUUUUGAAAAUGAUUGAGCUAUUGAGCUGUAAAUGCCCUAUUUUGCGUUUUUAAAAUCCACUUGAUAACAGCCAAUCAUGUGGAAUCACUGGAAGACUACUUAAAGCACUGAAAUUCAUUUGCAUACGUCUGAUGUUUCAGAAGGCAAUCGACAUUCGAUGGUUAUUAAAAGUUCUAAUAAACCUAGCUAAACAUCCAAGCCGCCUCUUAUAAUACUGUCAAACGAAAUGAAAUAAUGGCACGUCUUAUUUUUUUUGCAGAAAUUAGAAGAAUAUUUUCAUCGUUUCGUUGAAACUAUGUUUACACACUGAUAUAAAAUUAAUGAAUAUUAAUUGAACGAUACCGUUGUAGUUUCCCUUUGCCAAAAUGUGGCCAACAAAUUCGGGCUGGGAAGAGUUCUCGCCUGGUGUUCUCGAAAUAUGAUUUGGGCCCUCCUUUAAAGGAUUGCAUCUAGCUACACUUUAUUUUAAUGAAGGGAAUCUGUAGAGGCAUUCAUUCCUAGCCUCCAAAUAAAAAGGCUUGCUGGGAAAUUCAAACAUUCUCCAAAUCGUUUAUGCUGUGACAAUUCGUGUACGGUCGCCCUGAUUUUCUACUCUUAUUUUAGAAAAUGACUCUUGGACUGGAACUGAAAGUCGGAAAACAUCAUUAUGAUUUUUUUAAAUUAAUCAGCGCUAGAAAACAUCAGCUUGAUUGUUUUGUUUUUUUUUUUAAUUAAUCAGCGCCUCUGGUAGUGGUUCUCACGAAGGAUCAUAUAUUAAUUAUAAGAUGGAUAUUAAAAUUCUCUUCAAUCAGUGUUUAAGAGAUGCCGUUAGGAUGUUUUCUUUGAUUAUCAUGAUAUAUAAGAAGCAAUUCCCUUCAGCCAAUUUGUAACCUUGAUUCUCAUCCAUGGUUUAAUUAAGAUUUGUUGAUUAAUCAGCUGGCCACGCAAUUAACCUCUGUGAGACUGGCUACACCCUUAAGUAAUUAUGACUAUAAACUACAUUUUAUCGCUUUUCUGUUUUUCUCGGAAUUCCCUUGUAGUACGGACCACUCUGUUAUUUUUACCUUAACAAUAUGAAGGCAAAUGCUUAUGUUACUUCUUUUGGCUGUGCUCAAAAGAAGUAGUGGAGGCGCCGAGGUUAAGGACGUUCGCGCUAAUUGUUUCUGCGCAUCCUUACUGCGCACGCAAAUUCACACGCCAUGCAUGAGCGCGUGCGCUAAGUAAUAGAACGAACAAUGAUAGGGCAGAUGGCCAUUGCUAUAGCUUUGCCUGGAUUUAACGAUCUUGGACGUUCGGUGACCCC